AUGCUCUCCAGUACUACGUCGUUGAGUAGAUUGUCUUUGAGGAGAAGUGGGGUGCUUUCUUUGUUUAGGAAUCUCAGGCAUUAUAGUGAUGCCACGCCGGAAGAUGUCAAGAAACAAGCUUCACUGAACCAGUUUCAAAAACAGACUGAAAAUGAAGCAAGCAAAGAAAGGGCUAACCCUCCUGUAUUUUUCCAAUCGGAUAAACCACCUCCGGAGGUUUUCAAAGACAAGACUCUUGAACAACCAAAGAAAGAACCGGUUUUAGCUGGCUAUGAAGAUGUCAAGCAAUCAAAGGCUAUAACGGUGAUAGUUUAUACCUUAGCGCUUCUAUCAGUUGCAUUUAUAUUUAGUGACCUUAUAGAAGCUGUGACUCCAGCAAACACCGACUAUAUCUCUGAGGAGGUCCUUGAAAUUAUCUCCAAGGCUAUCGAAGCUGAAUCGGAUAAGAAUAUUGCUAAGGCAAUUUCGUAUUACAUCCAAGCGUUAAAACAAUUGGAUGAGGAAGAAAGUGAACAUAUCACACCAUGUUACACCUCUUGUUGUGUCAGAAUUGCACAACUUUAUGAACAUGAAAAAAAGUUUGAAAAAGCCAUUGCUAUAUACAAAGAAGUUGCAGAUAGUUAUUUGAACGCAUUCACUCAUAGAGACGAUUUUAAGACUCUACAGGAAGACAAAUCAUUUGAUUUUGCAAUCUUAAGGUCCUUAACUGUUGCAAUCAGAUAUGCUUAUUUACUCAAUGAAAAAAAUAACAAUGACGCAAGAGAGCUUUUGAUGUUUAACAUCAUUGAAGCUCAGAAAAGAGUGAUUGAAGCAUAUCCACCUUUUAUGUCUGUCUUGAACGAUAUAAAUAACAGGAAUAUUCUUGACAUUAUCACUUCAGAGUUAGAGCAAAGCAUCUUACAUCUUCCAAAAAGUGAACAAGAAGCAAUCAUCAAAAAGAAUUCUGAAACUCCCAUUGAAUUGCCCUUGUUCACGACCGAGCAGACGCCUGAAAACAAAAUAUUAGGAUUGAAUGUUAAGGCCUGGCCUGUAUUCACCAGAGUGUUGAUAAAUGCCAAAGAUUUGUAUGUGAAUUUGAGUGUAGAAGCUAAUGAUCUGAGUUCUGCAAUUUCCAAUUUAACCAACAAUUCAAUCAUUAUUCAAAGAUGUUUUGAUCAUCCUUCGAGGUUAGCAUUAACCUUGACUAAACUUGGGGUUGCUUUGCAAAUGACAUACCAAACAUUAAAUAAGGAUUUUCCAGUAGGUAAGGAGAUCGAAAUCGUUCAGGAUAACAGUCCAGUCAAAGUAGAUUUGAGUGAUCCGCAAUUGAAAGAUUAUGUUCUAAACACAACAAGAGCAGAAUCGAGCAGGAUCUUUACGAAAGUCCUUUCUUUAUGUGAAAAUAUGAAGAAACAAGAAAAGCUUAUAAAAUCCAACCAUCUUGGACAAGGUGUUGAGCAAUGGGAGGCUAUGUUCAAACCUGCUUUGGACAGAUCUGAAAUGGUUUCCUCUGCAUCUCUAGGAUUGCUCAAUUUACAAAACGGCAAUACGAGUGAAGCUCUGAAGCUGUUAAGAAGAGCGAAGGUAUUAGCUACUAAAUUACACGAUGACGACUAUAUUACCGAUAUCAAUGAUUGGAUCAGUAAGGUCGAAAACUAA